AUGCACCCGAGCCAAAAAAGCAUAAGCAGAGCAGAGCAAGGAGCAAAAGCAAAGAUGGCUACUACCUCUCCCUCCCACGAGAAUAAUAUCAACUCCUCCUCACCCGAGGAAGAGGACAGCGACAACCUCCAGAUCAUCUUCGAGCCCGAAGACGACUCCUUCUUCUCCCUCGUCACCAACCCCAGCAGCGGCACGACCACCCCUCGACAGGACACAAUGAAGGAGGUUCAGGUGCCCAAGCAUCCCAUCCCCUCGAUGCAGGCCGCCUUUGCGGAAUCCAUGCACGAGUCCUCUGCGGCGUCGACCCCGACCAUACCGAAGAACCGAGUGGGCAAUGCGGCUGCGAGGAGGAAACUCCUGAUCGAUCAGGAUGUCAGCGAGGAUACACAUGCGUCGAGGUGGAAGCAGAAACCGGGUCAGCAGUACCACGAGCUGUGGAAGCUCAUGGCGCAGAUCUCCUUUGGGGUGUACCUCCUCAUCAACGGGAUUGCCAAAGACGACGAGCAGGUCAUGAAUAUUCUGCAGGGACAUGUGGAUGAAGUUGACGAGUUCCUGGAAACUACUCUGGAGGAUUUCGAUCUGGCACAAGAGGAUAUCGAGGAGAGGCUGAAGUUCUUGAAACUUCCGCUGGAGAAUAUCAUUAUUUUCGAUGCUAUGCUUGAGGAUCGUAAUUUCAGGCUGCAGAUCGUCAAUGGGAAUGAGAGGAUCGAACACGUUAUCACGAGGACCGCAAAGGCCAUGAACGAAGCUCUGAAAGAUGUGCAGCAGGGUUUGGAUGCUUGCAAGGAGUUCACGAUAUACCUGGCUCAAGAACAGGAAGAGUCCGCGUGGUUGAAGGACAGACCGGAUAUGCAAAAGGUGUUCAUUGCCAUGAAGGGUAAUGUGGAGGGUUGGUACAAGGCCUAUGUGUCACUUCAAACCAAGGGAAAUCAUCUUGGUGUAGCUCUGGUACAACUUGGAUCGAUAGUGGCAGAGAUGGAUCGGAGAGCUGGUGAAAUCAGUCGGAAGAUAAGAUUUAGUAGUGCUUCCCCUGAACCAUCUCCCAUGGCUUCACCACCUGCCUCCCCCGAAUCGAAAUUGAUGCGACAGUCGAUGUUGAAAACCCUUCCUGAAGACCCAAAUAUGAUUACACCAGCAAUUCGAGCGACACUCCCUGCAUUUCAAUUGGUUCAAGACCGAGAACGAACUCCAGAGCCAGACACUAAACGAUAUUCUUCUGAAAAGGAGGAAGAGGACGAGGCAGAAUUCACACUCAAACCACAUACAUACACACCUGUACCAUCGCCAUCACCCUCUCCAAGACCACCCACCGCCUCGGUUCAGGCACCUCCUUCACCCCCUCCAGAGAUCCCCCAACCAAUUCCCGAAAUCCAACCAGUUCCAGAAAUCCGCCAGAGAUCUUCCUUACGGAAACGCUUCUCGCUAGGCAAGAGGAAAGAAUCACCUCCGGAGAUCACCCUACAGGCUCCUGCUCCUUUAGAUACAUACUGGGGUGCUCGUCAACGAGUCACUUCUGCUCAAUCUACACUAUCUGAGCGCCAAAACUCUAUACCACGGGACGGGCAAAACUCCAAUCCUCAUGAGAGACAAAGCUCCACACCUCGAGAGAGGCAAAACUCCAUAUUGGCCGAACGACAAAAUGCUUCACGAGAAAGACAAAACUCUAUCCCCCGGGAGCGACAAACUUCAAUAACCACACCCCCUUCCAGAGGCCUUGACUCGGCAUACUGCUCUGACUUCGAGAAGACCUCACCCCAAACUCUCACCCAACCCACGCCCCUCACACAAACCACCUCACAACAACCCUCCGGCAGUCAACACACCAACGGCUCUCAAACCAACAUCCGCCACCAAUUCGCCCGCGACUUCGUCCCUUCCCCCCGCUCAGACCAGCAAUUCUUCCGCCCCGUCCAAGCCUCCCCCCACUCCCCACUCCAACGCCCCUGGACAGCCGGCCCCUCCAACCCCCUCCACAUGCACUCCAACUCGUCGACGUCCAACCUCUCCUCCCACCGCGACUACCACCACUCUCACACGCCCUCGCAGCUCGGCAAUCGCCGUGGCGUGCCCAGCACGAUGGGCAUGUCCGUCAUGAGCGACAUGACGAUGAUGACGGAGGUGGAUGGAAAUGGCGAUAGGAAGAAGGUUAAGAAGAAGAGGAGUGCGUUUGGCUGGUUGAAGAAGGCAUUUAGUCUGAGUGAGGAGGAGAAGGCGGCGUUCGAGGAGAAGAGGAGGGGAUUGGAGGGGGAGAGGAAGGAUUAUUAUCAGGGGCAGAGGCGGAGGUGGGUGGAUGGGAAGAGGGUGAGAUGA